GCUAUUUGCACUCAGAGUUCGUUGGCCUCUCCCCUGCCACCCUUCGCCAACUCGGGGUGAAGACACACGAAAGUGCAUUUGACGUGCUCUUCAUCGUUCUGCAGCGCAUGUCGGAGGGAGCUCGCUUGCUAGACGUCGACUUUCUGCGCCAGAGUUUGGCCUUGGCGUACCGCCUGAUCUAUGGAAGCGGUGCACAGGACCUUUCCGGCAUGGAGACGGCGAAUGGCAGGGUGAGGCGUCUCCGCACUCUGCGGCUUUUACCCUUGCGCCGCCUUGGCACGGAGCCGGCCGCGGCUGCCGAUGCCGGGUUGUUCUUGCCAGAUGCUGCCCAAGGCGUUCCUGAGGCGCUCCUCCAAUGCCUGGAUCUGAAGAUCGUGGCUCCUGCGCUUUUCGAUGGAGACGAGGGAGGUUUGGUGCGAAGGCUGCUGAUGGGAAUGGGACUCCGCGGCCUCACCCCGGCAGCGGUGAUCGCAGAUGGCGUGGUGCCCUUUGUCAAGGAGGCGACGGCAGCGGACGCCGAUGCCGUUGCCCUGUGCCUGGCCUUC